AUACCAGUAAAUCGAUUAUAACACAGAAAUGCAACAUGACAAAGUUUAUAAAGCUCUCAGCUAUGUGAACUCAACAUAAAAAAACAUCCUUUUUAGAUAUGAAGCAGGCCAGUCCCAUUGAUUUUUAGGUAAUGAGUGUUAGGAUGAUUGUUUCUGAUGUUAGAUAUCUAUUCCAUUAAAGAUUUAUCUUGUGAUUAACUAAUUAUGGAUGAAGCUAUUGAAAAGUCAUCUGACAAAGUUGCGGACUCUAUGGGUUUUGCUUCUGGAAGAAACAGUAGUGUGUCAAGAACAACAUGUCUUGGAUCAAAUACUGUCCACUCCACAGAGAGACCAUGUACAAGAUCAUCAGCAAAUUUUGAUACAGGACUUAAUGAAUCACCAAAGAAUCCACAUGUGAUUGAAGCAACAGCAACAACUGACUCAGACACCUCACAAGCAGGACUCCUUCAAAAGUCUGGUUCAUCAAUAAACUCAUCAGAAUCGAUUGAUGCAUGUGGUACAGAUGUGUUAAGGUCAACGACAGCAUCAUCUUACACAACAGAAUCAUUAAGAUCUUCUAUAAUUCUUCCUAUAUCAGAUCGAAGCUACUCCCCAUCCUCCUCAGAAUUAAGUUUUAAUAUCUGUGAUCUGCCGGAGUGUGUUCUUUUGCGCAUAUAUCAGUGGUUAGACAUAAAAACUAUUGUGUUAUUUGUGCGCAAGACGUGUCGGUUGUGGCAUAAUCUCAGUUAUGAUCGUUCACUUUGGAAAACAUUGCAAUUAGACAAUGGUGGCUUUGGUGAAAAAAUGGGGGAUGCCAGUUUCUUAAAAAUGUUGGCGCCAAUUGCUGAUCUGGUUGAGGAGAUUACUUUUGGUUUUACAAUGCUUUUAUCAGACGAGUCUUUCAUGCAUAAAGAUAUUUAUUGUUCAAAACUUACCUACCUUGAUUUUAGUUUGACGAAUGUUACGACAAAUGCGAUUGUUUAUCUUACUGAAAAAUAUCCGAAACUAGCGAACUUAAAUCUAAAUCACUGUAGUUACAUUAAUAUCUAUAAAUGUUUGGAUUUUGUGGUCAAGUUUCAAGAUCUGAAAUAUUUGAGUUUUGAGGACUUUGCAUGUCCUGCAGAUGAUGAUAAACUCAAUGAUAAAAUUUUGAACACUUUUCAAAACUGUAGAAAUGUGGAAGGUUGUGAUUUGUAUGCCACCGAAUUGUCUGAUGUUACAUUAGCGGGAAUUUUCGAGUGUAGUCCUAAUUUAAAAGAAAUUGAUAUUACAGGUGCUGAUAAAAUUACUGUGAAUGGUUUCAAAAGUUUGAAUAAAAGUGUCCACACUUUGACAUGUUUGAGCAUAGCUUAUACUAUGAUUGACGAUAGAGGUUUAAAAGUAAUCGCAGAAAACUCUCCCAAAUUAAAGUCACUAAAUAUCAUGUCAUGUAUUUGUAUAACAGAUGUAGGAAUAGGUUAUGUUGCUUCAAAUUGUAAAGAACUGGAAGGUCUUCUAGUAAAUAAAACUGACCCAGAGGAAAAGGGCUGCAGCAUCACCAGUAGUGGGCUAGAGUCCAUUGCUCUGGGUUGUAGGAAGCUAAAAAUUCUGUAUGUCAGUUACUGUUUGUUGAUGGACGAUAAGUGCAUUUUAGCCAUUUCUGAAAACUGUCCAAAUUUGUCAAAACUGAGACUUGCUGGAUGUUUGUCCAUAACAGAUGCUUCCUUAAAGGCUCUAGGGAAGCAUUCUAAAUAUUUAAGGGAUCUGGAAGUUUCAGAGUGUGCUCAGGUGACUUCUACAGGUGUGGGAUUCCUGAUGGCAAAUUGUAGAUGGCUUCAGUGUUUGUCCCUAGAGACAUGUCAUAGGGUCGACGACAUCAACAUCUCAAAAUACAGACAUCUUCAAGACUGUGAUAUUGUAGAUGAUGAAGCUGAAUUUAAGGAGGAAGAUGGAAUCCCAGAAAUAUCUUCUGAAGCAUCAAAUAUGGACACUGAACUUGCUGAAUCAUUACAAACCGAAGCAACUGUCAGUGCUUUGGCCAAGAUGGAAGAUGAUACAAAAACCGAAGACCCAGAAGUCUCUGCACUCCCCAUGUCCACAGUGGUAGAAGAUUCACAAAUAUCCAAUGACCAACAUAGUACAAUGUCAAAAAUACUUCCAAGUUCAGAAAACGCAAUUAAAGUGUCUAUGAACAGACCAGAACAAUCAGAAUCAUUAGAUCAACAACAGAGUCCUUACAAUGAAACAGAAGAGACAUCUCAAAGUUCAAAAGAAGGUCCUCUGGCUUCCACCCUUCUGGAUGACAUGGAUAAAAUUCUUCUUUCCUUACAAGAUCAUUCUCAUCUACAGACUUUACAUUUAAGUUUCUGUUCCAAGGUCACUAAUGAAACUAUUAUAGAGAUUGCCCAAAAUUGUCCAGAUUUACAAGAACUGUCUUUGCGUGGAUGUCACCUCAUUACAGACGUUGCUAUUGCUACUUUGGUCCGUUCGUGUCCCUUGUUGAGAAUUUUGGAUAUAUCUGGUGGAUCGUCCUUUUUCUCCAUGAAGAUUUCCAGUGUUGCACUGUCUGCCAUUGCCCAUGAUUGUAAGUACAUCGAGAGGUUGAUGGUCUCUAAAAACAAGCUCAUCAACCUUUCUGGGCUCGAGGUACUUUUCAACAAAUGCACCAGUUUACAGAGUUUGGAAUUAACUGUUGGGGAACCGAUGUAUGCAUCAUUUACAGGAGUCAUGAGCCUUAUCAACAACGUUAAAGACAGAAUCGUUAAAAUUGCGAACAAGGUUCAAGUUAUAGCUAACAAACAAACCGGAAAUCUGCACAUUGAGUUUUAUCCUAACCCAGAGCCUAAUCGUGCUGUGUCAGCUGUUUAUUUUAGUUACGGUGCAGAGAGUGAGGACAAACUGUAGCAGGACAAGGUGGAAUGAAAAGACAUUAAGUUUUAGCAGGACCGUCCCUGGUUUAAAUGUUUUUAAUUUAUUGUAGAAAUGGUCACAGGGGCGGACAUGGCACGUAUGUCUAUUCCCAGGUCCAUCUAUAUACACUUGCAUGUUAAAAGAAUCAAUGACCGUUCGGACUCCACACGUGACCAUAGUAAAAAAAACAACAAUUGAGAUAUAUCUUCAUGUUUCUGCUAAACCCUAUUACAAUGUUGAUGUUGAUCGUCUUUACAAAUGACCCAGUGUUGUGUGUUUACCGGAUUCUAAGUGUCAAAGUGGAUAAUUUUAAAACAAAGCUACAUCAUGCUGACGUAAAUUAAGCAUCUCUGAAAUUUGGAUUUUGUCUUUAAUUAGAAAUAAUAUUCAUGGAGGACAAGAUGACGCAUUUAUGUUUAUUGUGUGCUUUAAACAUACAUUAUUCAAGAGCUAAAUCUGCCGAUUUCAAGUCUUUCUUUAGGCCUGAAAUGUUACCUAAAUUAUAAAUUAGACAUUAAUUAACUUAUCCAGACCAUAAUCAACUCUCGAUGUCAUCGCUAGUCUACGAAAUUUACUGGAUUAGGAUCCGAUUUGCUGCUCAACUUUCAUUCAUGAUUUAAUCAUGAAAUGGAUAUCCGAGACUAUGUUUUUUAUUGUACCGACUUUAGAAAUGAUGAUAGAGUCUAGGCCGAAAUUUCAAACGGUAAAUUCUCGGUUCAGUGUGGAUCGAUUUGACAAAUUUUCAGCAAAUUCCCUUUACGUUAUCUAGUUUUUAACUAUUAUAGUGAGAACUGCCAGCUAUUUAUCUAGUCUCCCAUCAUUCUCCCAUCAUGUAUCUUUAAGGAAAUCGUAAAUUCUCGGUUCAGUGUUUUUCGAUUUGACUGAAAUGUUCAGCAAAUUCCCUUUACGUUAUCUAGUUUUUAACUAUUAUAGUGAGAACUGCCAGCUCUUUAUCUAGUCUCCCAUCAUUUCUCCAAUCAUGUAUCUUAAAGGAAAUUGUAAAUUCUCGGUUCAGUGUGGAUCGAUUUGACCGAAAUUUUUAGCAAGUUCCCUUUACGUUAUCAAGUUUUUAACUAUUAUAGUGAUAACUGCCCGCUCUUUAUCUAAUCAAUCUCCCAUAAUGUAUCUUUAAGGAAAUUGUAUUGACUGUUUUAUUUUGUGACCGAUUUAUUUAAUAUACUUCUAGUCAACUUUAUUUCUAUUCAGUAAAGUCGCAUUCUUUGUUCAAAAUGAUUUGGCAAAGACUCGUCCAAUCUGAUUAAAAUGCAGAUCAAUAUUUCGUUCAUUUUUGUAUACGUUCGAUGUCCUCUACUACAUGAAGAUCUAACCGGUUGUAGUGGGAGGUCGCAUCAGGGGUCAUACGAGCGGCUUUUGACCCUAUGACAUCAAACAUUUGAUUAACAAAUUAACAUUAAUGUUUCUAGUGGGAUACCCGGGAUUCGAUGCACCACACGCCAGAUCUAGCCGCAACAGACCGUUUCAUUGGCUAAUUCCUCACAUCAACCAGAACGUGGGUUAUAUAACAUCUCUUCCAGAUCCUAGUGUAGUAAAGACAAGAAAAACGAAAUUUUGAACUAUGAGAAAAAGAAACGAAACGAAAUACCAUCUGUGUUUUAAUCAGAUUGAGACUGUACAGUACUGGUCGUACGGACUUUUACAAAUAACAGUUUCUGCCUCAAAAUUAUCUGCUUCGUCAAUUUAUAUGCUUUACGUCGCCGAUAGGAUACAAUUUAUAUGCAUAAUGUUUAUUAAUUCAUUAACAUGGUUAGUAAUCAGACGGUAGUCAUUGAGUAAGCGUUAUGUCAGCCCCGAAGGUGUUAAGACCGCGACUAUUAACUAGUGUAUAAUCCUUUAACCUCUUCCGAUAUAAUUUACUAAUGUUGACUUAUAUAAUUUUAUGACAUAUAUUUUCAUAAGUGAAAGUCACAUUCACAAGUGAAUCGUAUUAUUUUUACAGUGAUAAAGAGGUGCAUGUAAUUACUCAAUAACACCCACUACAUCGACAUCACGGUCACAAUAUGCAAUUGCGAUAAAUGUAUAGUGUGUAACGGAAUGCACUAAAUACCGAUGAUCGAAAAUGAGAAGCCACGCAAUGCUCUAAACUGUAUUCAAUAAAGCUAUUUUCCGCACUAUUUUGUGGUUCUAAAUAUUGAAAGUUAGAGUUAAGGGGUAUUGUUCGGUGUUAUUGGGUAUUUCGAAAUGCCGGUGAUAAAUCCCUAAUAAUCGGUUAUUUGAAAGCUGUUUAACUGUACUCUUGUCAUUCCAGAUAUUUGUCAAUUUUGACAAUGCUCCACCACCGACAUCUCGCUAUUUGUAAUUAUGAUUUGUUCAUUUUGCUAAUAAAUUUUAUGUCCAAAGCUUU